CGUUACUUUGUUAUGACUUGAAAUCACUGCAAUUAUGAAUUAAACUUACGCACAAAACUUUAAAGCAGAGUAUAUUUACCAAAAGUUUUCUUAUUCAAUGUUGCGCAACUCGAUACUUCUAUCCUGUGUUUGAUGUAGUUAAAGUUAUAUUCUAUUCUCGUUUUAAAAAUUAUGUUCAAAAGUUGCUGCGCUCGGCCCAGCAAAAAACUCAGCAAAAGCAAAUCUAAACCGGAAAAUAUGGACGAUCUGGCUGACUCCCCGGUGCAGGGUAAGGUGGAAAAUGUUGAUGCUCCUAAAGGACAAGAUGCCAGUACGCCCGCCGCGCCAGUAACGCCAGCAGAAAAUAAAGAUGAACUAUCUGCACCUGAAACCGAUAAAAGCCAACCUGAAACAGAAAUCGCAUCAGCCGAAAUUUCACCGGCCACCGAGGAAAUUAGUAGCCACGACGCCGACGACGACAACGUUAACGAAGUAUUAAUAAAACGAGAUUUCAACAAGAAGCGGUACUCGGUAGACUACAAGAGGAGCAAAAUGGAUUUCAAACGAUAUUCCAUCGAUUGCAGUAAAAAUUCACUAACUUUAGAGGAACUCGCCAAGUUGGAGACUGAAUUGGCGCGAACUAACGUCGAUAUUCGUCCAGUGAGACGCAAGUCCAGUGGUAUCCUAAAAUCCACCCCAGGGAGCGGGGAGCUGGCGGAGCAGCGUCAGCAACCAAAACCGGACUCAUACUCUGAUGAUGACGACGUCUUCGAGAGGAAUGUGCUCGUAGACGAGUCGGAAGGACCUAAGGAGCCCCCGGCGACACCGGUCGGCCGAGAUGAGCUGGCUCUGAGGAGGCAUCGCUUUUUCUCCGAUCUCGUGUGUGCGGCAAGAGCUGCGGUCGAACAUCGCGUGAGAUUCGACCCAUUAGGACCAGUCGUUGCCGAUUCAGGCGAGCUAGAGCAGUUAUCGGCGUUCCAGAACCCGGCCAACCUCGAAGCUCUGAUAGAGCGGCUGGAGCGAGUGACGUCACGCCUGGAGAGCCUGCCCGUACUGCACCCGUCCCCCGCGAGCCCCGCCCCCGCCACACCCCUACAGAAGCCAGUGCCCCAGCUGGUUGUAGUCGACACCAUGAGUGUUAACGGAUACACGGAUAUUGUGCAGGGUCCCCUGCAGAGCUACCUGCAGCUGUCGAAGCAGAUUGGCGGGGAGGUCGCCACACAUGCCGACCUCGUCAACGAUGCCUUCAAGGCACAGCUAAAUUUCAUACAACUGGCCGCGUCAAGGUCGAAGCCCUCACAAUCGGAGGAGAUGCAGCUGCUCUCGCCCACCAGCAACAAGAUAUCGGCGAUCCAGCAGUUUAGGGAGAAGAAUAGAGCUUCCCCCUUCUUCAACCACCUCUCUGCUAUCUCGGAGAGUAUUCCCGCGCUCGGUUGGGUAGCGGUGUCCCCUACACCCGCCCCGUAUGUGAAAGAGAUGAACGAUGCCGGCCAGUUCUACACGAACCGCGUGCUCAAGGAUUGGAAGGAGAAAGACAAGACCCAUGUUGAGUGGUGUCGCGCCUGGGUCCAGCUGUUGUCUGACCUGCAGGCGUACGUCAAGCAGUACCACACCACGGGACUUGUUUGGUCCGGCAAGGGUUCCGACGCGGGUGCUCCGCCCCCGCCCCCUGGAGGCCUGCCCCCGCCGCCGCCGAUGCCCGAGGCGGACUUCGCCAACAUGUCCGUGGACGACCGCAGCGCGCUCUUCGCCGAGAUCAACAAGGGCGAGGCUAUCACCAGCUCUCUCCGCAAGGUGACGUCGGACAUGCAGACGCACAAGAACCCGCAGCUGCGGCAGGGCCCCGCGCCGUUCAAAGCCCCGGCGUCGAAUGCCCCGGCAAAGGCGCUGCCCACCCCCGGCGCGGGCAACCUGGACAAGCCCCCAGUCUUCGCUAGGGACGGCAAGAAGUGGCUCAUAGAAUACCAGAAGGGCAACUCCAACCUGGUGGUGGAGAACGCGGACAUGAACAACGUGGUGUACAUGUUCCGGUGCCGCGACUCGGCGCUGACGGUGCGCGGCAAGAUCAACGGAGUGGUGCUCGACUCGUGCACCAAGUGCGCUGUGGUCUUCGACAACCUCGUCUCCAGUGUUGAGUUCGUCAACUGCCAGUCUGUGCAGAUGCAGGUGUUGGGCAAGGUGCCAACGAUCUCUAUCGACAAGACGGACGGGUGCCAGAUCUACCUGUCGCCGGAGUCGCUGGACGUGGAGAUCGUCAGCUCCAAGUCCUCCGAGAUGAACGUCCUCCUGCCCAAGAGUAAUGGAGACUAUACGGAGAUGCCGAUCCCGGAGCAAUUCAAGACUGUCGUGAACAAGCCGCCCACCGGCCUCACCACCUCGCCAGUAGAGAACAAGGGCUAGACAACCAGCGGGGCCAACCAUACCCCGGAACUACUCGUUCACAUCUAAAUGUAGACAAAUCUUAGGAUAGUGAGCCCAACUAAGAGCAAAAAAGGUAUCAUAGUAAAAGCUUAUUUUAAUAUAAUUGAUGGCAUUCACAUAUAUAAAUGUCAACACAACAUAGAAUAGCCAUACUGCUACUAAGCGCAAGAAAAGUAUCACAGUUAAAAUAAUUAAUCUCAAGAUAAUUAAAGAUAUGUCCAA